AUGCCGGAAGCAUCAAGUUAUAUGAUGCCUAAAUCUUUACGAUCAUUAUUAGUUACAAUUAUUUGCCAUUGCAAUCCAGCAAAUCCAUUGCAACUUUUCGAAGAUUUCAAAGAAUAUAUGAUUGAAGAUUUUGUUCAUCGAGGAAACAGCGUAGAGAAAUCGCUAAAAUUAUGCAUUAAUGACAUACGAACGCAAAUUCAACAGGAUGGCUUAGAUUUUUAUCAUCUUUUACCGUUUCCUAAUUUCGAAGAUAUUUCAGAUCACGAAAACAAUUUAGUUAACUGUACUGUUAAUAGUAACAAUUUAUUAUGGAAUGAUCUUAAUAGUGAUCAACUUUUGGCUGGAGAUGCUAUUUUAAACUCAGUACUUGGUUUGAACUCACAGAAAUGUUUUUAUUUAGACGGACCCGGCGGAAGCGGGAAAACGUUUUUGUAUCGUGCUCUAAUUCAAAAAGUUAAUCUCAUUGAUAAAAAAACAUUAAUUGUUGCAUGGACAGGAAUAGCAGCUACUUUAUUACCAGGUGGAAUGACAUGCCAUUCAGCCUUUAGUUUACCCUUAGAUCUUUCUUCUGUAAAAUUUCCUAGACUUACUCAAGCUAAAAAAGAAUUUUUGAAAUCGAUAGAUUUGCUUAUUUGGGAUGAAGCUCCCAUGGCACCAGGCACAGCUUUAGAAAUAGUUGAUUUAAUAUUUCAAGCUUUGAUCGGUGUUAAAAUACCUUUCGGUGGAAAGGUUGUUGUGUUAGGGAGUGACUUCCGGCAAGUUCUACCAUUUAUUAGAAAAGGAUCUCGAUGUGCUAUUAUUGAUUCAACAAUCAAAAAAUCUUCUGUUUGGCCUCUUUUUCAAACAUUCAAAUUAAAACGCAACAUGCGAGCUAUCACAGAUCCUGAUUUUUGUAAAUGGCUUUUAGAUAUCGGUGAUGGGAUGAUACCUUCACCACCAACACCUAAAAUCCAAUUUUCAGUUGAAGUUCCAAUUUCUUUUAUAUCUAAUGACAUAGUUACCGAUAUUUUUGGUGAUAGUUUUACCUGUGCUGAUGUUGAAAACUUUUCAAGACACUCAAUUCUUUGUCCAAGAAACGAAGAUGUGCGAUUAAUUAAUGAACGCAUCUUGAUGAAUUUAAAAAAUGUCGAAGAAAUAAGUUUUUACGCGAUUGACUCUGUAAAAAACGAUGACGGUGUAGAAGAUCAUGAUUUACAAGUAAAUAUUCUGGUAGAAUUUCUAAAUACUUUGAAUCCAUCUGGAUUACCACCGUAUAAAUUAAAUUUAAAAGUAGGUUGUAUAGUAAUGCUUUUGAGAAAUCUGUCGGUAAACAAAGGAUUAUGCAAUGGAACUAGAAUGAUUGUUAGAGCCUUUCGUCAAAACGUGCUUCAAUUGGAAAUUAUCACUGAUGCAUUUGCUGGAACUGUUCAUUUUAUUCCUAGAAUUUCUCUAGAUACACUAAAUGAUCCAGCACUUCCAUUCAAUUUCGUUAGACAUCAGUUUCCAGUUCGUCUUGCAUAUGCAAUGACAAUAAAUAAGUCUCAAGGCCAAACUUUUGAUAAAGUUGGCCUCUAUCUUCCAGAACCCUGCUUUUCUCACGGUCAGUUGUAUACAGGAUGUUCAAGAUCAACGGAAUCGAAUUGUUUAAAAAUUCAAGUAAAAGACACUACUAGACAGGGCAAAACGAAUAAUGGAGUAACUGUAACAGAUAAUGUUGUUUAUCGUGAAAUUUUUUCAUGA